UUCAAUAAAUGUUUACUCAUAUAAAGAGCUCAACUGAGAGUAGAAAUAGUAUUGUUGGAAGAAUUGCAUGCUGCUACUGGGAAGGAUUUUGUGCUUAGAUUAAAAUCAAUCUGCAAUGGAAGCUUUUAGGCUGCUGUUCAUGUGCGUUGGAUUCGCCACGACAGUCGAUAUCUCUGUGAAAGUGGAAUUCAGGGGCAGUGCUGUGAUGACGUCAUACCGCCAUGAGGAAACGAUCACGGCAAAGAAUGAGCAUGAAUUGAGAGAGAAAUUGGCUGAAACGCUGGAAAACGCGUUGCUGGAUAAACAGAUUGAUGAAGUCACCAUAACAACCAAUAUCUACCCUGGCAACAAGAUUCAUUCAACCCAGGUUACCAAGUUUGACGCAACAAUUUCAAAUGGGCUGGAUGAAGCGACUCUCGUUACCAGUACUAGAGGUAAUGACAUCACUAAAGCCGUUACGUCAUCUGCAACUAGAAGUACCAAAGAAGUUCAUGACGUCACAACCACAACUGUGCUUGAAAACGUGUUCACAACUCGAUCGAUCACUUCGAUUGCUUCCACUCAAUCGCUCCAGAAGUCGACUUCCGCCUCGAGCACAGAGAACGGUGGCUUCAUUUACGAUUCAAAAUAUUUCCGAGCGGUCUUUUAUGGCACACGGGGCGUCACUUUAGGAAUUGCAGAAUCACUUUGCAAAAACAAGUUGGCUAAUAUUUAUGACGUCACACACCUCAAUUUGCUGAAAGAAUAUUUACGCCCAAUGAUUCCUGAUAAGCGGGCAUGGAUUGGAGUUCGUACUGGAAUGUCUUAUAAGGACGGUAACAUAUAUUUAACCAAUGGUACAGAAGUAUCUCUGCCAACAGAAGUUUGGUACCUGGGUUAUCCGUCUUCCUUUAAAUUGAGCACAACAGUUGUUCUUGUAGUCAGUCUAGACACGGAAUACAACCAAGUGCUUCAAAAUGUUACUCCAAACUUGAUUUCUACCAACAGGGUUUAUUUCGGAGCCAUCUGUGAAACUGAAAUAUAA